UUUACGCCUCCGCUUCUCCGCUGCUCUUCGGUGGUGCUGAAGGGACAGCUCCCUGCGGCGCUCCCCAAGCGUCUCCCCAUCGGGGCGCUGAAGGGGCGGACAGCUCCCCUGUUUAGGCGAAGGCGGUUUCUGCUGGGGCUGAGGGAGGGAGGGCUCCCCACCGAGCCCUGGGUGGUAGCGGUGCCGCUCACGGAAGCUCUCUCCGCGCCUCUGCUGUUCGCGCUGCCUCUGCUGAAAAAGACAGCAGCUGGCUGGCCUGGGGCUCCGCGACGCACAGGGCUGGCCGGUGCUGGAGGGACAGCAGCUUCUCCGCCGCUCCAGGCAUCCAGGAAUGUAAUAAUCCACAAUGCUAGUUCUCAGGUUUCUCAAUGUUGUUGCUCCAGCCUACUUCCUCUGCAUCUCCUUAGUGACCUUCGUCCUGCAGCUCUUUCUCUUCAUCCCCAGCAUGUUUAAAGACCCUCCUGCCACCCCGCUCUUCUCCUCCGCUCUGCUGCGUGGGGCCCUCUUCCUCUUCCUCUCAGCUAACGCUCUGGGCAACUACAUCCUUGUGAUCCAGAACUCCCCAGAGGAUCUGGGCAAGAGCCUGAACUUGGGCGGAGGAACCAAAGCGGUGGAGGACUGGCCGGACAGAAGCAGGUCCCCGGGCCCCUCGGCCUCGCCUGGCACCCACUUCUGUAGACUGUGUGCCAGAGUCACCCACAGGCAUGACCACCACUGUUUCUUCACAGGGAACUGCAUUGGCAGCAGGAACAUGCGGAACUUCAUUAUGUUCUGUCUGUACACCUCCUUGGCUUGCCUCGAUUCCCUGGUGGCCGGGGUGGCUUACAUUUCGGCAGUCCUCUCCACCUCCUUUGCCAGCCCACUGGCUUUCCUUACUCUCCUGCCUCACUCCAUCAGCCAGUUCUUCUCAGGAGCUCUUCUUAGCUCAGAAAUGUUCGUCAUCCUCAUGCUGUACCUCUGGCUGGGAAUCGGACUUGCCUGUGCCGGCUUCUGCUGCCACCAAAUGCUGCUGAUCCUGCGGGGGCAGACGCGCUACCAGGUGCGGAAGGGGAUGGCGGCCCGUACCCGGCCUUGGCAGAAGAACCUGCAGGAGGUCUUUGGGAAGCGGUGGCUCCUUGGACUUCUCAUCCCCAUGCUCAAUGUAGGAAGUGACUAUCACAGGCAGAAGGAGAAGUGACGCCUCCCAGCACAUACAUGUGCACAUGCGCAUCCACACAUGUGUUGCAAUGGACUGCAGCGCUUGGGGGGUACUUCUACUUUUUCCAUCUCUAAGCCUUGCAGCCUUUCAGAGGGGAGGCCGCUAGCAAGCUAAGUGGGCUACAAUGGUGUGUUUUAGCAGGAGAGAGGCCCCCCAACCAUGUAGGUGAAGCUAUGGAAGCCGUCUCGGGAUUGCUAACCGUAUAAAUCAGACCCUCCUCCCUUGGGUCUCUGAAUCAUUCUCUUGCCCUAUUUCUCCCACCCUUUCUCACCAAAUUCUCUCCCACCUUGCCUUCCAUACUUAACUUGCAGUAGGAGCAGCAGCAGCAGCAACAGCAUCUCCCACCAUCUAAAAGGCAGCUCUGUGUUGUUGUGAGUAAAGCUUCAAGCACAGCGUAGAUGCCCGUGGGAUUUGCCCAGUGCGUUACUUGGAGCUUUUUUUGCAGCUUUAAGUGACCCUGCUAUAGAAAGAAGCCAAUUUCACAAGAACAGUCUAGCGUGGUUGGGCAAACAGCACAAGGAAUGAAGGCAGAUGGAGUUUUGCCUGCACACUUCAGAGAUGGAAAGCACUUCUCUGCCCACUUCCUUAUCGCCUCCCUCCAUCCCAACAUGCAGGGAUAGCCGUUCAUAGCCUGACCAUGUGGCUUGCCAGGAUAGCAGAUCUGCUGACUGACUGGGUUUCUUUUCCUUCUUUGCCGAAUGAGGCUCGUUUUCAAGCCUCCGGCCCUGACCCUUGCCUAAUCUCCCUGCUCAAAGCUCAUCGGGUUCCAAGCAAGCAAGAUUGCUUGAGCUGAGCACAAUGAUGGUCAAGGUAGAGAGAAAGCAGGCAGAGUGUGUCACAAGGUACAGUCGCGCAGGGCACCUGGGAGUGCGCAAACAGAGGAGCACACAGCACAGAUGCACAUGUGAGAGAGGAGAGCUGUGAGAAGAGCGGGGUUGUGAGGGCGAAAGGCUUCAUCUGAGAGGCAGACAGAGCACUGUGUGAGGCUGGAGACAGAAGGCAGGGUUUCCUGCCCCUCGUGUCUCUGCAAUCUUCCCUAGGUGGGGGCAGCAGAGCUCAGUUUUAGAUCAGCUGCUCUGCAUGCAGAUGGUCCCAGCUUCAAUCUCUAGCAUCACCAAGUAGGGCUGGAAAAGACCCCUGCCUGAAAUCCUGGAGAGCUGCUGCCAGUCAGUGUCCAGGCCUGCUCAACUUUUGGCCCUCCGGCCAUUUUUGAAUUACAACUCCCAUAACCCCCUGGUGUUGUGGCCAAUAGCCAGGGAUUGUGGGAGUUGUAGGCCAAUAUCUGCAGGAGGGCUGAAGUUGAGCAGCCCUGGUGUAGACAAGACUGAACUGGAUGGACCAGUGGGCCACCUCAGUACAAGGCAGUGGAACAUUAGGCAGUAUAUGUUCCCUUUUGCUUCUGGUGAACAGGUUUUGUAACUCUGCAAACUCUCCUUGACCAGAGACAGCAGUGAGACAAAAGAAAUGUAUGCAUACACCAAAGGCAACCAUGCCUGUAUCACGCGUUCCACUCUCCAGCCUGAGAGAAGAUCAGCCAGAGAGCAUAUGAGGCAUAAUUUUGUGUGUGUCAGAGAGCAAGCUGGUGAGAUAGUGAACUGAACUGUUGAGGGGAGGCGGUAGGCAGCAGUCCUUGAAUGUAGGCCCUCCGAUUAGCACUUUGCAAUGAAUUACUCUUUCAUGAUUAAUAGGGUGGAGAGUUCAGACCCUGUAAUGGAAGAUAAGAGGCAUUUCAAGGGCCAGAAUUCUUCAGGCUCAUUUUAUAAAAUGUUCUGUUUUUAAUGCUGCCCCACAAAUCAAGUUAGGAACAUAGAAAGCUGCCAUAUACUGAGUCAGACCAUUGGUCUAUCUAGCUUGGUAUUGUCUUCACAGACUGGCAGCGGCGUCUCCAAGGCUGCAGGCAGGAAUCUCUCUCAGCCCUAUCUUGGAGAUGCUGCCAGGGAGGGAACUUGAAACCUUCUGCUCUUCCCAGAGGGGAAUAUCUUAUAGUGCUCACACUUCUAGUCUCCCUUUUAUAUGCAACCAGGGCAGACCCUGCUUAGCUAAGGGGACAAGUCAUGCUUGCUACCAUAAGACCAGCUCUCCUCCACAGGAGGAGAGUUCUGAUUCCUUUCCCUAUAUAUCUUUACCUUAAGUACGGACUCUUAGGAUAUACCCACCAGUGUAAGCCUUGAAUGAUACUUUCAGCAAUGUAUUCAACUCCAUAAAGGGAGUUAACAGGGUUAGUCAGGGAUUAAGCAGGCUAGUGGAUUAGCUAACACAUACCUUGUCACAUACUCCCCUUGUUCUCUGUGCCAGGACCCUAUAGUGAUAGGUGCCUCCUCCUCUUCCUCCUGUUUGUUUGUUUGUUUGUUUGUUUGUUAAUUAUUAAAACCUGUCGCCCUGAUACAAUUAAAUGUGCUUUAUGGGACUUUGCACAAACUCAGCAUCCAUCACAUUUUCAAAAUUCAGAAGCACAUAUCUGAGAUUCAAAAUCCAUUUUUGGAGGUGGGGUUGGGAACAUACAGCAGCAAAAUUCAAGCCUAAGUAGAUGUGCAAACAUAGCAAAUGCUGAAAUCUCCCCCCCGCCCCCUGCCCCCUGGUGGGAAAAAAAUAUCAACUUUAUCUGUAGGCAAAAACCAAAUGUAAGAAUUUGAGUUAAAAAUAUCCUCAAAAUGCAAUUUCAGCAUCCUGAAAAGCUUUGCUGUUAUGGAAAGAACUUUGCAUGGCUGCCAUAUUUGAUUGGUUGGCACAAGGCAAGUUCAUGCUGUUUUUUUCUUGAGUCAGCUGGAGCAACCAAUGUACACAGUGGGUGCUGGAUUCUUUCUUUGUCCUGCAUAAGUGUCUUAGGGAUAUGGGUCCAGGUAUUGUCCAAGUUGCGUUUCUCACUUUGCAGUGGAACGUUGUCUUUGACAACCGGCUUUAGCCGCAUCUUUCUCCGUCCUGCUGCUUCCUAGUUCCAUGUGCACACUGGAAACACUAAAUAUAGCAUAGGCUGAAGAAGUGCUCUGUCCAUGAGCACAUUUUGAAGAAAUUAUAAACAGGGUAGAAAGACUGUAGCACACAUAGAAAAUAGGCCUUCUAGCUAAGACAUGCGCUUGCAUGAAAACACCUUUCUUUAUCUACCUAUCCAAUAUGCUGCAUUUUCACAAAUAGAUAACAAUAAAGUGUAUUGAUUUUUUA